AGCUGACUGUCAAACCAGUCUGGGUGUCGGCACGGCCGCCGAGUGUUCUGUACCCGGCUGCCGAGUGUUCUCUGCCCGGCUCGGGGCUUGUCUGGAGGAGCGGGAAGAGGUUCAUUACGGCGGCGGAGUCUCCAUGUCCGCGCGGGCGGGACGCCGCUGAUGGAGCGCGCGACGCGCCGGGGCCCGCUCGCUCUGGCUCUGCUGCUGCUCGGGCUAGCGGCGGGGACGGCGGCCGCAGCCCCGGAUCCGGAGCGCAGUCCGGAGUCCCCGGGGCCGGCAGUGGAGGAGGACGGCACGGCCUUCGGCCUGGGCGCCUCAGCCGCCCCAACUUCGGCCGCCGCCGCCGUGCCCUCGCUGGCGGCCGCCGAGGUGACGGUGGAAGACGCCGAGUCGCUUCCGGCGGCCACGGGCGAGCAGGAGCCGCGGGAGCCGGACCUGGACGACGAUCCCGAAUUGCGGCCGAGCAGCAGAUCAUUGGUGAUUAUCAGUACAUUGGAUGGACGAAUUGCUGCCUUGGAUCCUGACAAUCAUGGUAGAAAACAAUGGGAUUUAGAUGUAGGGUCUGGCUCCCUGGUGUCAUCCAGCCUCAGCAAACCAGAGGUGUUUGGCAAUAAGAUGAUCAUUCCUUCCCUGGAUGGAGACCUCUUCCAGUGGGACCGAGAACGGGAAAGCAUGGAAGCAGUUCCUUUCACAGUGGAGUCUCUGCUGGAGUCAUCAUAUAAAUUUGGAGAUGAUGUUGUUUUGGUUGGAGGAAAGUCUCUCACCACAUAUGGGCUCAGUGCACACAGUGGAAAGGUGAAAUAUAUUUGUUCAGCCAUGGGAUGUCGCCGAUGGGAUGAUGAGGAGUUGGAACAAGAAGACAUUCUUCUUCUGCAUCGAACGCAGAAAACAGUCAGGGCCGUAGGACCACGGAGCGGCCAUGAGAAGUGGAAUUUCAGUGUUGGCCACUUUGAACUGCGCUACGUUCCAGAGAUGGAGACUAGAGCUGGAUUUAUUGAAAGUAACUUUAAAUCCAGUGUUAAAAAAGGAGAGUCUAAAAUCAUUUCAGAUGUGGAGGAACAGGAAGCCGCCUUGCAGGACACCGUGAUAAAAGUCUCCGUCACUGAUUGGAAGGUUCUGGCCUUUAACAAGAAAGGCGGACAUCUGGAAUGGGAAUAUCAGUUUUGCACUCCAAUUGCUUCGGCCUGGUUGGUUAAAGAUGGGAAAGUCAUUCCAAUCAGUCUCUUUGAUGAUACAAGUUAUUCGUCUGAGAGUGAAAUUCUGGAAGAUGAAGAAGACAUUGUGGAAGCGGCCCGAGGAGCCACUGAGAACAGUGUCUACUUAGGGAUGUACAGAGGUCAGCUCUACCUACAGUCAUCAGUCAGGAUUUCAGAAAAAUUUCCUACGAACCCAAAGGCUUUGGAAUCUGUCAAUAAUGAAAAUGCAAUUAUUCCUUUGCCCACAAUCAAAUGGAAGCCCUUAAUUCAUUCUCCUUCUAGGACUCCUGUUUUGGUGGGUUCCGAUGAAUUUGACAAAUGUCUCAGUAAUGACAAAUUUUCUCAUGAAGAAUAUAGUAAUGGUGCACUUUCCAUUUUACAGUAUCCAUAUGAUAAUGGCUAUUAUUUACCAUAUUACAAGAGAGAGAGGAACAAACGGAGCACACAGAUCACUGUGAGAUUUUUUGACAAUAUGAAUUACAACAAAAAUAUCCGGAAAAAGGACCCUGUCCUCCUCCUGCACUGGUGGAAAGAAAUCGUUGCGACCAUUCUGUUUUGCAUCAUAGCAACAACUUUUAUUGUACGCCGACUCUUCCACCCUAAUUCUCAUAGACAAAGAAAGGAAUCUGAAACUCAAUGUCAGACUGAUAAUAAAUAUGACUCCCUAAGCGGAGAGAGCAGUGACAGCACCUGGGCCGAUUCAAAGUCCUCUGGAUAUACAUCAAGAUAUCUAACAGAUUUUGAACCAAUCCAGUGUAUGGGUCGUGGAGGAUUUGGAGUGGUCUUUGAAGCUAGAAACAAAGUUGAUGAUUGCAAUUAUGCCAUCAAAAGGAUCCGUCUCCCCAACAGGGAAUUGGCCCGUGAGAAGGUGAUGCGAGAAGUAAAAGCAUUAGCCAAGCUUGAGCAUCCAGGAAUUGUGAGAUAUUUCAAUGCCUGGUUGGAAGCCCCACCGGAGAAAUGGCAGGAGAAGAUGGAUGAGCUUUGGCUGAAGGAUGAAAGCACGGACUGGCCUCUGAGCUCACCAAGCCUGAUGGACGCGCCCUCGGUUAAAAUUCGCAGCGUGGAUCCCUUCUCCACCAAGGAGCACAUUGAGGUGCUGGCCCCCUCGCCUCCCAGAAGGAGGUCCGUCUGCGUGGAGCUCUCUUAUAGCCAGCAGAGCUUCUCUCCCCUGGAACUCUCCAUGACAAGCAACGGUGAUGGCAGCGACUCGGCGGGCCCGGCCUCCCACCUGCAGGACAGCUGCCUCACUGAUGGCAGCCUGGACGACGACACCAUGGACGGUGGCGAGGAGCACCGCCCCUUUGGCCUCUGCCCUCCCAAUGGCCUUCCCUAUCGAAGGUCCAGGGACCGGACCUCCUCUUCCAUUGUGUUUGAGGACUCGGGCUGUGACCGGACCCCCAGUAAGGACCACAGACCCACGGCCUUGCCCCCCAGCAGCCAGCGUGCCCGCACACUGGCCGUGCUCCCGCAGGCCGACUCCAAGUGCUCCUCCGAAAGUCCUUUGUCCAUCUCUCCUCCCAGGCCAACCACCCUAAGUUUGGACCUCACUCAGAACACUGCUGAGAAACUCCAACCCAGCUCGCCCAAGGUCUAUCUCUAUAUUCAGAUGCAGCUUUGCAGAAAGGAAAACCUCAAGGACUGGAUGAACCGAAGGUGUGCCCUGGAGGAGAGGGAGAGGACCGUGUGUCUGCACAUCUUCCUGCAGAUAGCGGAGGCUGUGGAAUUUUUGCACAGUAAAGGACUUAUGCAUAGGGACCUCAAGCCUUCCAAUAUAUUCUUUACAAUGGACGAUGUGGUGAAGGUUGGCGACUUUGGGCUGGUGACUGCCAUGGACCAGGAUGAGGAAGAACCGACGGUUCUGACCCCGAUGCCCGAUUACGCCAGGCACACAGGCCAAGUGGGCACCAAGCUCUACAUGAGCCCGGAGCAGAUUUAUGGCAAUACUUAUUCCCACAAAGUGGACAUCUUUUCUUUGGGCCUGAUCCUGUUUGAACUGCUCUACCCCUUCAGCACUCAGAUGGAGAGGGUCAAGAUAUUAAGUGAUGUAAGGAAUCUCAAAUUUCCACCACUUUUUGUUCAGAAAUAUCCUCAAGAAUACACGAUGGUUCAGCACAUGCUUUCCCCAUCUCCCACUGAGCGACCCGAGGCCACAGACAUCAUCGAAAACCCUUUGUUUGAAGACUUGGAGCUCCCAGGGAAAACCGUGCUCAGGCAGAGGUCUCGCUCCCUGAGUUCUUCAGGAAUGAAGCAUUCGAGGCAGCCGAGCAAGUAGCCGCUCAGCUCAGCCUCCCACGCCCUUCCGGCCCAAGGCUCACAUCCCACCUACUGGAAAAUCAUGUUCUCAAGACGUUUAAAUUUGGCCUGUCCUGGGCAAGGCCGAUUGAGAGUCUCUCAGGCAAGGCAGGAGGACGGUGACGAAUGUUUGCUCUUCAGGCCCUCUCUGGACCUCUGUCCCUUUGUCUGUAGUUCCUCCGCCCUGGCUGGCCACUCCUCCCACUCCCAAUGUCUUUGCUGUUUUCUGUGUCGGGAUCUCCUUAAAGUCUGCUACCCAGGGAAGAGAAGGAGAUUUCCCAAAUGUAGAUAGAAUUAAAAUAUUUUUAUAGCACAGAGGAAGGUCUUCACAUGCCAUGAUUUUUAUUGUUCUAGAAAUUGACUCUUUGAGGACAUGGUGGUGACUUUGAAACCGGCUUCCUCAAAGGCAGACUCCCUUUUCGUCUUAGUUGGGUCAGUUAGGAACCUGUACUAUUUACAGGGCAGACAGCACAAUGUUAGAGAAGCCUAUGUCCAAAGCUAGUUUUCUAGGGGUAUCUGUGGUAUUAUAGUUCCUUGUCUUAGAUGGUUCUAAGCAAAGGUUAAAGUCAGUUUGUACUUGCACUUGCAUAGAGGGAAAUGAAGCUUUUGUUGUAAAUCGGCUGUUGGCACUGGGGUUUUUUUGGAGGCAAAAAAAUCUUAGUCAAAAAUGAACAUAUAUUACAGCUAAUUCUUAGAAUUAUGAAAAAUUCCCAACCUAAUGAAAUCAUGUCUUUACAUAAUCCUGUAGACUGGUACUUUUUGAAACAUGAUUGUAGACUACUGCUUAAUCAUCUAACUGAACUGCCUAAUAUGGUUUUAUUUUUCACUGUAAAUAUGUUCAUUUUUAUUUAUAAAAAUGCUGAAUCAAUCCAUUUGGGUUGGUGGUGUACAGAGCACACAUAAAAGUGUGUUAACUAUUGUGACUUCUUUCAAGUCUAAAUGAUUUAAUAAAACUUUUUUAUUUA